GGUGAAUCUCCUCCAUUGACUUUAUUUCAGGCAGCUGAAUCAAGAGGGAGGUAGCCUUCGUGGUGUUUGCAAGUACCGGAGGAGACGCAGACGCUGCUAAAAUAAUGAAAUCGUUACUUUCUGGAGUGUUGCUGUGCUGCUCGCUGCUUGUUCGUGUGGAAGCCUUUUAUUCCCCCAGCGACGAUGUGGUCAUACUGACCCCGUCCAACUUCAACAGAGAGGUGAUCCAGAGCGACAAUCUGUGGCUGAUCGAGUUCUACGCUCCCUGGUGCGGCCAUUGUCAAAGGUUGACGCCAGACUGGAAGAAGGCAGCGACAGCCCUCAAAGGUAUUGUCAAGGUUGGUGCCGUAGAUGCAGAUGAACACAAGUCUUUAGGAAGCCAAUAUGGCAUCUCCGGCUUCCCCACGAUCAAGAUCUUUGGCGCCAACAAGAACAAACCCGAACAAUAUCAAGGUGGACGAACUAGCCAGGCCAUCGUGGAUGGAGCCAUGAAUGCCCUGCGCGCUCUGGUCAAAGAACGACUAAGUGGCAGUUCUGGCAGCUCGGGUUACAGCAAACAGAGUGGCGGUGGGAGUGACGGUGGCAGUAAAAAGGAUGUGGUGGAGCUCACUGAUGACAACUUCGACAAGAUGGUGCUGGACAGUGACGACGUGUGGUUGGUGGAGUUCUUUGCUCCCUGGUGUGGACACUGCAAGAACCUGGAGCCUGAGUGGGCAGCCGCCGCUUCGGCUGUGAAGGAGCAGACGAAAGGCAAAGUUCGCCUGGGAGCUGUGGAUGCAACUGUACAUCAAGCUGUGUCCAGCCGCUAUGGGAUCCGAGGUUUUCCCACCAUCAAGAUUUUCCGCAAAGGGGAGGAGCCCGAGGACUACCAGGGGGGACGCUCCAGCGGCGACAUCAUCGCGAGGGCCUUGGAUCUGUUUUCUGAUAAUGCCCCUGCUCCUGAACUGCUGGAGAUUAUUGACGAAGAUGUCCUGAAGAGGACUUGUGAGGACAGUCAGCUGUGUAUCAUUGGUAUCCUGCCACAUAUCCUGGACACAGGCGCCUCUGGUCGAAACGGCUACCUGGAUGUGAUGGCGAAGAUGGCCGACAAGUACAAAAAGAAGAUGUGGGGCUGGCUGUGGGCCGAGGCCGGCAGUCAGAUGGAGCUGGAGGCCUCGCUGGGCAUCGGCGGCUUCGGCUACCCCGCCAUGGCCGCCAUCAACACGCGCAAGAUGAAAUUCGCCCUGCUCAAAGGCUCCUUCAGUGACACCGGGAUUCACGACUUCCUCAGGGAGCUUUCUGUUGGACGAGGUUCGACCGCCACGUUGACAGGAGGUGUCCUACCCCAAAUUCACUCGGUUGAACCGUGGGAUGGAAAAGAUGGACAGCUUCCCGAGGAAGAGGAAUACGACCUGAGCGACGUUGAGCUGGAUGAUGACUUUGACAAAAAGAUUGAGUUAUGAAGCUCAGAAUCAAAACAAAAGGCGGCUCAGAUUUGAUCCCGGCUGGUAUACGUCGGAUGCAGUCUGGUCCCAGUGCGUGCCACCUCCCCUUCUCCUGUGGAAGAAUGGAAGGCCAGGUUGGUCGCAGUCACUGAAAUACUCCUGGGGGGGUGGGGGGGGGGUGAUGCCUGCAAUUUUUUUUUUUUUUUUUAUUGUCAAGUCACAAAUACACAUUCGGGGGAGGGGUCAAUGACUGGCGUACCUUCUGAAAGUUGCAGUCCAGCAUGUUCAAAAGAAGACGGGCAGUGUUUUAUCAUUGAUUCUUCUCCUGUUUUUAAAUGUGACUCGUCGCAUUCAACAUCAAACCCCCUCAUGCGACAUCAUAUCUUUUUCUUUUUACCUGGUUUUCCAAUCCAGUGAAGAAUGUUAGUGGGUUUAGGAUGAAGGGGCUGGGGGGGUUGGGAGGGGAGGGAGGGCAGACAUCUUGUGUAGAUUUUUCUUACACAAACUUUAUUUCAAUUGUGUGAAAACAUUUGUUACAAUAAUAAACCAUGAAAAAACA